CGCAGGUAAUCGUAUCAUCUUCAACACGUUAUAUCCGUUUUUCCUUGAGUGAUCAGUGUGGUGACAUGCAUUUUACCAAUCAAUUUGGGGUGCAAAUACUCGAGUAAUUUUCGUUUUCGUUAAAAAUUGAACCAACUCAAUCAAUAUUUAGUGACUGUGACGACAGAUUUUUCGUUGAUAAAGUAAUUGGUGAACGGAGAAAGAAAAUAAAAUUAAAAAACUAUUUUGCGACACAGCGAACCGGAUUAAUUAAAUACGCGAAAUGAAGCUGAAAAUAAACUCCACAUUUCUAGUUCUGGCUGUUAUUAUAUUUGCAAGUUGCAUAAUAUUAGCUUCGGCUGAUUCGGCUAUAUCAUGUACAAGCUGUGGAGAUGAAUGUGCUGAGGCUUGUGGUACCAGACAUUUUCGAACCUGCUGCUUCAACUACUUAAGAAAGAGAAGUUCACCUCCUCUCAUGGAUCCAAAGCCAAAGCUGUGGCUGUCCAAAUCGUUGCUCAACAAACUGAUUAAAUUGGCUCAACUCGAAGAAUCCGACAAAAUUUUGAUUCCUCAACCGCUACAAAACUACAACAAAUUUUCCGAGUCUCCACCGGACGAUGAGGGUCAAGUAUAAAUUCAUUUUAUGUAAAAUCAGAUUGAUCAUUUAUAUACGUCCGACGAUGUUGAAGCAAAUUUGAGAUGUUUUUGUAGUACUUUUGGCUGGAAAUUACAAGUAUGACUCGGAAUGCGUCGACAAUUGUUGGACGAUGAUUUUAUUUUAUUGAAAUUAAUUUUGUAAAAAGGAUAACAUAAACGAUAAAGAUUUAAGUGCAAAA